CAAAAAUGGAGAUCGAGCCGAAAUUUACGUUCGUAUCGUUGAACGAGAAAUGUUACGAAGGAAUUAACGACAAAAACACGCAAGAGUAUUUUUGCAAAUGGGGUUUAAAAGGAAACUUCGUCAUUCAGAAUUUUUCAUUCAACGAAACAUUUUCACAUUAUCACAAAUAUCAGCUGGUUGAUGCAUUUUUUAAAGAUGAUUCUGUUGCAAAAGCAUUGUUGUCUAAACAGGGCAAUACUUGGAUAAAACAAGGCAUACGAGCAUCGAGCGUAGAGGUGAAGCAAGUGCCUUGUUCUGUUUUGAGUAUGUCGUUCUUUAACAGGCUAAAGGAUCCAGAUAAUAAGAUAACAUGUAGUUCAGGAACAAUCUGCAAGAGAUAUGACACGCAAAUAGAAGAUUUUCUGGUGUCUGACAAUUUGCGUGGCAUGCUUUUGGACGAGGAGUCGGAAGAAUAUAAUUUGUAUUCGGAAAAUGAAAAGAGCGAGUUCAUAUUUCGUAUAUUUCAAAUGCUUGUUCUUGGCGGAAUAUUGUGUCAAUUCGAGGACGUGAUACAGCCAUAUCUAGAUGUUACAAAAAGAAUCUAUAAGGAUCUCGUUAAAGUACAGAAGCAAACUACUUCGAAUGAUUUGUUUGUGAGCACUUUAGUGCUAGAGGUGAUCGCCAAGAACAGCUCAGGCCAAGAUUAUUUUCCACUGAAUUCCAGCAACAGACAGAAUAUGGCGUUUUUAUUGAUAGAUGUUAAUUCUCACGAAAUCACAACUUUUGUGCAUCAGUACGGUGGAUACUGUCUCACAGAUUGAGUUUUUUCUGUAAUUUGUUUUCUUAUACGCAAGAGAGUUCAUGUGAGAAAUAAUACACCAGUAUUCUCUUUGAAUUUCAAAAAAAUUUUAUUCAAUUGUGUGUAUAAAUCGAGCGAUUAAUGGAGAUACAAUUACGCAUGUAGUUGCAAUUUUUAUAAUUUAAAUAUGAGAUCUUAUAUUGUAAAAAAAAUUAGGUUUUUAUUAUACACAAUCGUGCCGCUAUUAUCGUAUUUUAUAUACAUGUAAAAUUCACGUCAUCAGGUCAUUCCAUUCAUAAAUAUUUCUGAAAACAUAUGUAUAUAUUCCAAAUAUUAGUACUUGUAAUUGUAGUUAUUUUAUUAGCGAAAUAAAAGCUACGUAGUGCACAUUUAUCUUUUAUCCUCAGAUAUUGUUGACACGAUCACUCAAUUACUUUAAUCCUGCUUGUUGAAUAACAAUUUCAUACAUUUACAGAAAUAAUAUAUAAAUAUACUUUAUUUACAUUUUUGUAUAUUUUACAUGUAUAUACGUGUGAUUGUUAAAAUGAUGCUUAAAAGUUAUCACUAGCUGUUUGUCAUGAAAAUAUUUCAUGUCUAUAAAAUAUCUAGUUUUUGCUUCACUCAUUUAUGCAUGCGGAAAGAUACAAUUUU